AUGGCGCCCCAGGCUCUACUGCCCAUCCUGCUUCUGUGUGUACUGCUGCUGCAAGUCCAGGGAGGGCCUCACAAUCGCCACCGGAGGAUCCUGCCCAAACCACAGGGACUCGUAGAAAUCAGGGCCUGUGAGAAGCGGCCAAGCAUACGUCACUGCCAUCGCCUCUGUGAAUAUCACCAAGAGUGUCAAGCAAAUAAUGUGUGCUGUUCCACCUUCUGCGGGAACGUCUGCAUGAGCCUCCUGUGA